GACACACCUGUUGGCGACGAGCCCGUCCCGCGGGCCACAGCCAUGCAGGUCUACCUGCGGCAAGGAGCCCGGUGUCAAACAUCGAACAGCACGACCUGCAGGAGGAGCGACUGCAGUACUGGUUCUCACCUGUCGAGUGUUCAGUGAAUCUAAAAUCCACCGAGGACACCGCUGCGAGGCCGAGCCUUGCGCGCUGCAGACAGCUGUGCGGACAUCUGGAAUCUGGAGAGCGAGCUGGAUGAUCUCUGAUUGAUUUCAACUCGACCUUUAACCAGGUGAACAAGAGGUGAGAAUGAGCGACAAGGCCGCUGGAGCGCAGACCAUCAGGGAGGCGCUCACACAGCCACACGAAGAGGAUGAGGACGAGGAAGGAAAGGUGACAGAAGACGAGCCCAGAGCCUGCGGUGUGUGCGGAGAUCUGGCCAAAGGUUACCACUUCAAUGCUUUGACCUGCGAAGGCUGCAAGAGCUUCUUCAGACGUGCCAUAAAGAGGUCAGCGCAGCUCCGCUGUCUGUUCCUGAAUGAGUGCAGUAUAACCAAAAACAACCGACGGUCAUGUCAAGCGUGCCGCUUCCGUAAAUGCCAGGCCAUAGGCAUGCGCAGAGAAAUGGUCAUGUCUGAGAAGGAGGUACUGGAGAGGAGGUUCCACAUCAAGAAGAAGAGGAAGGUGCACAACGCACCGCUGCAGCUCUCAUCCCAACAAGAGGAAGCCAUUCAGGAGCUUCUCUGGGGCCACCGCAGCACAUUUGACUCAGCAUUUUACUGCUUCAGUGGUUUUAGGCCUAUGGACAGAAACGUUCUUCCUGUGGGUGAACACAACCAGUCUGCGAGCGAGUCCUCGUGCACCUGCUCCCUCUCCUCUUCCUCCUCCUCGUCCUCCCCCUGCAGUCACUGCGGCUCCUUUGAAAAACAGGAGAGCCAAGAGGGCGGGCAGGUCAGACAAAGCAGCGUUUACUCCGCUCUCCCACACAUGACUGACCUCAUAACUUUCAUGAUCCAGGACAUCAUUAGUUUCUCCAAAAGUCUUCAGGGCUUCCGGUCUUUCACUAUGGGAGACCAAAUCGCUCUGUUGAAGGGAGCCACAUUUGAAGUUAUGCAGAUCCGCUUCAACAUGGUGUUCAACACAAGAAAAUGCAUGUGGGAAUGCGGCCAUAUUACAUACUGCAUAGAUGACGCUGUACGAGGUUUCCAGCCGCUCCUCCUGGAGCCUCUGCUCAAAUUUCACCACACACUGCGCAGACUGGGCCUGCAGGAGGAAGAGUAUGUUCUCAUGCAAGCCUUGUCCCUGUUCUCUCCAGAUCGUCCGGGUGUGCAGCAGCAUGCAGCUGUUGACAAGCUUCAUGAAAACGUGGCGCUGAUGCUAAAAACCUGGAUUGACUGCAAGAGAACAGGACCAGAAAAACACUUGCUGUACCCCAAAGUGAUGGCCUGUCUCACUGAGAUGAGAACAAUGACCGAGGAGUACAGCAAGCAGGUUCUGCAGAUCCAGGACAUCCAGCCUAAUGUCAUCUCUUCUCUCAUAAUGGAGAUGGUCAGCAAAAAAACCCUUCAAAUACUGACACCGACUGGACGUGAGCAGCUCACGCUGUCUGGGUCCACCUCUGUCAGGACCCCAAACUGAACACCAGCUGAAAAUGAUCAGUGAUUUAAAGCAAAGUUUCAUCUGUUUGUUGCACAAAUGUGUCAGUACUGAAGAAUGCAUUUCUGUCAUGCAACAGUCUUAAGCAUAGAUUGCACAAGCACGGCUGAAAUGUAAAUCAUCUGCUCUGUGCACACUACCUGCAAGCCAAAGAAGCCCAUAAGGCAGCGUUUGUUUUGUUAACUGGUUGCAGGGUGAGUGGAUUAUGGGUUUUUAACCCUUUAUGCACACUUUCAUUAAGUCUGCACUUCUGCAGACGGUGUGUUUUAAUAAACAAACAGUAAACACAAAUUUUCCCAUAGAACUGGUUACAUUUGUGUAUGUUUACUCCUGGUUUUUAUUUUUACGUUUACCUGUUUACCUGAAUUUUUGUAUAUUAUCCUUUUGUUUAUUAAAAUAACGGUAAACAAACAUGGAAGGGCCGACUCGUACUCACACAUGCGCUGUCAUUUCCUGUUUGUAUGAAAUGAGAAAGUAUCCUGAUAGCAGUG